GGCAUACUCGACACAAGCACCUGAAUCUGCUCGACCUGGGUGCUGCCCGGCCUCUGUGCGUAGUGAGGGCCACACCGCAACACGGGCGGUUCCAUGCAGUUCCAGGAGCGGUGGAAGGCCAGCGCCGAAGACGACUGUAUACCGCUCCCUCCCAGAGCCGCACGAUAAGAUGGCGGCGUUUGUGCGCGUCUCGGGCCCGCCCAACAGUAACUUCUUAGUCGGCUACCCGGGAAUCUCGGCCACGCUGCCCCGAAUAGAAGGCAAAGUGGAAAUCCGACCUGACAAAGGUGUCAGCGCCCCCGUCCUCGUCUCACUCGUCACCAUCGCUCUCCACCGUCGCGAGACUAUACACCCCUCAGCUGAAUCUAUAACGAAAAAGCACCUUGCUGCACCCCGCAAGGAGAUCACCGACAUUGUAGGCAAGGAGAUGCUACUAUUCAGGUGUCCUGCUGGAAAAGAAUGCGAAAGCGUGCUGAGCAUGGAUUUGCCUUUUGUGAUAUUCAUACCAUACGGACGCGGAGGUGAAGAAGUAGCCCGAAGGGUACCGCCCGCAAGUCUACAACUGCCGUCGCGGACGGCUGAGACGUUCUACGAGCUGGUAGUAACGGUACAACAAGGACCGCAGGAGCAGAAAAAAUAUGCCUUUCCUGUACCCAUAUCGCGAUACGACACUCUUUCUACAUUUGGCAUGUACAACCGCCCGGAAAGCGCAGAACGCGUGACAGACCAUUUGGUGACGCUCGGUAUAUCUCUACCGCGAUGGUCAUACGGACCCAUGGACCCGGUGUCUGUGUAUAUCAAAUUAUCCCCAAAUCCAGAUUGGCUAUCGAAAGCGAAGAAGGUGACGAUUAAAACGAUAACUAUUGGGAUAGACGAGGAAAUCAUAUUCAACCACGAGGGGGACGAACCUAGUCGGAAGGUCAAAACGCUCACAAAAACGGCGCAGACCGUCAAUGUCAAGAUGCCUGAAGCGGGCUAUUUCACAAAUCUGGGUUUAGUGUUUCCAGGCAAGGAUUUAAGGGAUAGUGAUGGCAUCAUUCCGCGGGGCAAGAAAGAAUUUCCGAUGUACGCUGUUAGUGGAUUUACGACAACAGGUUCGCUGUACAAGAUUGAGUACUAUUUAACAGUAAAGGCGCAAAUGUCCUCAGCGAAAGAUAUUCUCCUCCGCCAACCCAUCGUCGUCUGCCCAUUCGAUCAUGCCGGCUGCAAAGAGGAAAUGGAAGCCAUCGAGCAGGCUGCCAAGGACGCCGCACACGUCAGCCCCGAUAAUCCUAUGCUACCCGCCAGCGUGGUGAUCAAAGCUAACGAGCCGAACGGACUGAGAGCACUUGGCAUUGCAAUGGUUGGAGGUGUCAGGAAACCGCUCAUCGAGUGAGUGAGAGUACGAGGGGGAAAUUUCUGACGACAUAUGAACCUUGAUAUCUGGACACGGGGGGAAAGAGAGAAGAAGCGGGGCCGCGGUG